AUGAAGGAAGCCCGAGUGCAAGAGCAGCCUGGGGCCGCGCAGGCCCGGCCUGCCAAGGGCACUGAGGCCGGUGAGGCCAGAAGAAGGCCCCCGUAUCUGAGAACGUUGCCAGCGGCCCUGAUAAGGUUCAGCAGAUUCCAAAAGAAGAAAAGGGCCAAGCCCCCCAUUUUGAAGAAGCCACCAGAACCACAACCGAACGACAGUUUGGAGGGGACUUGUGGCUUGGGCUGCAUAGUCAUCCGCUGCUGCCAGCGUUUUAACAACGUUCGCUGCUUCUUGUUUGUCUACUGCACCCUAACCAUAUGUCAAGGUAUGAUAUUUGGUCUUGUAGAUGUGAGCAUUGCCAAUUUUCAGAAGGAUUAUUAUCUGAAAAUCAUUGAGGAGUCAGUACUGCAAUCUAGUUAUGAUAUUUCAUCUUGCCUGAUAGCAAUAUUUGUAGCAUACUAUGGAGGGAGAGCAAAAAGAACAACAUGGAUGGCAGUUUCCUCCUUUUUAAUUGGAGUUGGGUCACUUUUCUUCGCCUUUCCAUUCUUUAAUAAUAGAAGUUAUGAAAUGAAGACAGAAAUUGAAGGUAUUUGCCAAGAAUCAAUGGCUUUCAAAACUUGCCAGAAAAGCACAUUAUCAUUUCAAUCAAAAUAUGUAUCUUUCUUCAUCCUUGGGCAGACUGUGCAGGGAAUAGCAGGAAUGCCUAUUUAUAUCCUUGGGUUAACCUAUAUUGAUGACAGCGUCACCACACACUCAGCUGGUACCUAUUUAGGUCUUGCAGAAGCUUCAGGAGUGGUUGGAUAUGCUCUGGGUUAUGUGAUAGGGGCACCAUUUCUUAAGGCCUCUGAGAAUAGCACAUCUGAGAAAAACACUGAAGAUGAUGGUUAUCCACAAUGGCUGUCGACUUGGUGGAUUUAUUUUCUUAUUACCACUCUUAUUGCAUGGUCUACAUCAAUACCAUUGUCAUGCUUUCCAACCAAUAUACCAGGUACAGCAAGGAUGAAAGCUGGGAAACGUAAACAGCCUCAUUUGUUUGACAGCAUGCUUAAAGAUCAGAAAUUCGGAAGUGGUAUAAAGGAUUUAUUUGCUGCUAUUCGGGUUCUGAGUAACAAUCAAGUAUUUGUUUGCCUAGCGAUGUCCAAAGCUACGGAAUAUUUAGUUAUUGUUGGAGCUUCUGAAGUUUUGCCUAAAUAUAUAGAAAAUCAAUUUAUGUUAACACCCAAUAUGGCAACUGCACUCGCAGGACUCGUUUUAAUUCACGGAGGAGGACUUGGCCAGCUUCUGGGAGGUGUCAUUGUUUCCCAGUUAGAAUUGUCUUGUGAAGGCCUUAUGAAAUUUAUAAUAUUUACAUCUAUUGUACCACUUAUACUGCUUUGGUUUAUAAUUUUUGUACGCUGUGAUCCAGCAAUAUUUGCUGGGAUCAAUGAAAAUUAUGAUGGAACAGGGCAGUUGGGAAACCUCACAGCUCCUUGCAAUGAGAAAUGUAAAUGCUCGUCUUCAUUAUAUUCUUCUAUAUGUGGAAGAGAUGAUAUUGAAUAUUUUUCUCCCUGCUUUGCAGGCUGCAAACAUUCUAAAACAUUGCAUGGGCAAAAGGUGUACUACAAUUGUUCUUGCAUUAAAGAGGGAUUAAUAACUACAGAUGAUCAAGGUGAUUCUAUUGAUGCCAGACCUGGGAAAUGUGAUACAAAGUGCUAUAAAUUACCUUUGUUCAUUGCUUUUAUCUUUUCUAUACUUGUAUUUUCUGGUUUUUCUGCUGUACCAAUCACACUGGCCAUCUUCCGGAUUACACCUGACAAACUACAUUCUCUGGCCUACGGUGUAGCCUUUGUGAUUUUGAGAAUAUUUGGGAGUAUUCCUGGACCAUACAUUUUUAAAAAAGCAGGAGAAACUUCUUGUACCUUUCGGGACACUGAAGAAUGUGGACACAAAGGACAUUGUUGGAUCUAUAACAAGACAAUAAUGGCCUACAUACUGAUAGGAUUAUUGGAAUUGCCUGGCAGUUUCGGGGAAAUAAAACCAAAAACGUGGUUACGUUGUGAUGUUAACGGGGGUGGUGAGGGAAGAGAGCUGGAUUUCGUUUCUAGGGAAGAUGACAGCUUUCACGUCAGCACCCAGGGGGAGCUUUCGCCCACAGACUCUCACAUUUCUGUUUGUCCUCAGUCCCUGAAGAGCGCGGCGGGCUGGAGGCCCAGGGGAGCGCGGCCGGGCCCCGGCAGAGGCGGACUCUGCCUAGGGUGGCAGGCUGCGAGCCCUCGCCCCCUCACCUGGCUGCCGCCGGGUCGCAAGCCCAGCCGCGCAUUCCGGUUUGCCCAAGCGGCGACAGGUGUGGCGCAGCUGAGCGCCAACCACCCACCUGCGGGGCCAGGCGCCGGCGCUCCAGGCAGCGGCGCGCGGGAGGAGGGUCCUGGCUGCAGCGCCGGCGGCGGCGAGAGCGCUAGAGGAGGAAGGACGGAGAGGUGGAAGUCGGUCCUCACGGGGGCGCUGUCACCUGCCCGGGGCGGGGAGCCAGAGCGGAACCUGGCUUUUUGCUACUCUCGGAGGCACUGGAGUAGGGAGAACCCAUCCUAA